AUGAAGGAGUUCGAGAUGAGUGAUCUUGGGCUACUCUUGUAUUAUAUGGGUAUCGAGGUGGACCGGAAGAUAGAUAGCAUCGAGGUGAAACAUGAAACUUAUGUGAAGAAGGUGUUGAAACAGUUUGCAAUGGAGGAUUGUAACUCGAGUAAGUAUCCAAUGGAAGCGAAGUUGCAGCUCAAAAAGGAUGUGGAAGGAAGCAUAGUGGAUCUGAAGGAGUAUAGGCGUAUUAUCGAGUGUCUCAGGCACUUGACGCACACUCGACCCGAUAUCUCCUAUAUAGUUGGCAUAGUGAGUCGAUACAUGGAGAAACCUACCACUUUACACCAACAGACAAUAAAACACAUUCUUCGUUACAUGAAGGGAACGACGAGUUAUGGGAUUCAGUUAAGAAGAGGACGAGAAGUUGAAGAACGCGUUGGUUUUUACUGA